CAAGUUCAAACUGCAACGUUGAAGUGUCUGGGACUUUUAAAAGGUGCUACAAGGAGUGAGUGACGAGUGACUUUUAAAUUCACAUUUUUUGUGUAUCUACGUUCUAAACGAUCUACCGACAUACCACCUACAGACUUUUGCCGAAAUGCCCAAUCGAAGAGACGGGGAUGCUGAUGAUUCCCCUGACGAUCUUCCCAGUCUGGAAAAGCUGGACUCUCCCACAGGGAGCCCCCCCACCGCCUCGUCGUCCCGCCUGAUGGAUCUGGAAAACUGUCUCUCCAACCUGAACCUCGCUCACGAGAUCAUGCUGAACCGAGACUUCUGCUUCAAACCCAGGAGCCCCGCGGCCGACAGCCUGGAGGGCAGAGUCACGGAGAUCGUCCACCGGGCGUUUUGGGACAGUCUUCAAGAGCAGCUGAGCAGCGACCCUCCGAACUACAGCCACGCUGUCACCCUGCUCCGGGAGGUCAAGACUGUGCUCGAGUCCCUGCUGCUGCCCGGCCACGUCCGCCUGAGAGCUCAGCUGGACGAGGUGCUGGACAUGGAGCUGAUCCAGCAGCAGGUCGCCCACGGGGCCCUGGACCUCCUCAGACUGGCAGCAUACGUCAUCAACACCAUGGCGUCUUUGUGCGCCCCCGUACGGGACCGAGCGGUCAGGGCGCUGAGGGACCUCAGGGACCCCGUGGAGCUCCUUAGGGAGAUCUUCGGCGUCUUGGGCCUGAUGAAGACCGACAUGGUCAACUUCACCAUCCAGAGCCUGAGGCCUCACCUGCUGCAGCAGGCCGUGCAGUACGAGAGGGCCAAGUUCCAGCAGAUCCUGGACCAGCAGCCGGCCUCUCUGGACGACACCACCGCUUGGCUUCAGGAGGCGGCCGCCGGAGCUCGGGCCGAGUCUCCCGGUCCCGUCGGCGCCACCGCCGUCCUCAACCGGGCCUACGUGCGCCUGCUGCGCUGGGACCCGCGAGACCCGAAAUACCCCGAGACCGUGCUGAUGGACCGUGCCCGCCUGGACGCUCUGGGCCAGAGGCUCCAGAUGUUGGUGCUGGAGGCGUCGGUGGUGCUCCUGACCAGCGCUCAGUGCGGGGACGCCGUCUUCUCCCUGCAGGGGUUUGUAGGUAGACUCAGGCGGUCCGUCACUGCCCUGCUGGAGGGCAGUCACGCCAGGGAAGCCGACCUGAAGGGGGCGCUGCCGGGGGUCGGGCAGGCGGUGCUGCAGCUGGUGACCGAAGCCGUGAGCCGCCAGGGAGCGGCGGCGCUGCCCGAGGAGAGCCAGGAUCUGCUGAGGGGACAAAUAUCUGAGCUGUGGAGGCACAACGACCCUGUUCGCACACUCGUAGGAGAAAGAGUCCAGGCCUUCCUCCUGCAGGGCGGCCUCGCCGAGACGAGUCCGGAGCCGCCCGCUCCCCUCGGGCCCGUGAGCGCCGAGCUCGGCGAGCUGGCGACGGCGUUCGGGCGGAUCGUCCGCUUCAACCGAAGCGUCUUCGGCCCCUUCUACGCACCCGUCCUCAGGGGACUGCUGUCCCCGGCGGGGGAGGCCGAGAGCGGGGAGGACUCGCGCCAGGCCGAGGGGGGCGGCCCGGACGACCUCCGGUGACCUCGACAUAAGCUGCCGUUCGGCGCAGAAAGCGCCGCCGCGGUGUAAAUACAGGGAAGGGGAACGUUUUGAGGGGAAAAAGACGUUUACAGCUUUUAAAGUUGUGUAUUAUAUUCUUUUUGAGGUGUUUAAACAAAACGAAAAAGGUGAAAAACAGAAGGCAGAUUCAUUGUUAUUGCAUUAGUGCGUCUUUACCUCACAUUUUAGAGCACAACACAAACAAGACAGCGUGAAACAAAAUGAAUGCCAGUGUGUUUUUUCUAACAAAUCGCUCUCAGCAUGUUGAUGAAAAGAAGCGUCAGGCCUGAAAAAAACACUCUGCUGACUUUACAUCCAGAUAACCACCCUCAGGAAAAUAAAUAAGUACCAAAGAUUAUGCUACGUUUGUAAAUAAUACGUAUAUUAGUUUUAAUAUGUAGCUGGUUUCUCUUCUCAUCUCGAUAGAUGUUUCAUUUACCAAAGACAAAGUGCACUUUUUCUGAAUUCGGUUAUUUUGUUUAUUUUAAUUUUUUUGCACUUUUUGAUUAUUAACCAACAAUAUUCUCAAUGUUUCCCCUGCAGUGAAGAUUAGUGGGAGGUGGUGCACCAGACUGGCGGCGUAAAACAAAUACCGAAUUAAAAUAAAAAAAUUCCACUUUUGAGAAGAAAUACGGAUACCAACAUUCUGUGAGGCUUCACACUGGAUCGUGAUGACUUUUAAUCAGAAUUCUCGGGUAAAAUGAUUACUAGACACAUUUGGAACAUAUAAGCUGGUUAGUUAUUAUAAUUGUGUAUUCGAUACACUUAUAACAACCACGCUGCAAAAACAAAGUUCAAAUGCAACAGAACACUCGUUUAAAAAACUGGGUCAGCUUGAUAAAUAAAAAAGUAUUAACUUAACACAAGUUUCACUACUCAGAGAAUAUUUUCCUACCGUACGGAACUAAUUACACCAACGGACACCUUGAAUGUCGCCCAAAAUUCACAGUUUGAAAUAGUUGCAGAAGAAUUUUAAAGCUGAUGGAGUUGUUUUCGUGAGGAGUGAAAGGAAUUUCCAGAAUGCUCAAUAAUUCUUGUUUUAGCACUAAAAACAAUAUGCAGUCGGCUGCGCCAUGGAACAGGUUUUUAAGAAGUUUCUCAAACUCUAAAUUGAUUUAUUAAUCCAGGUAGCCAGAAAUGUUGCAUGAUCUUAUACACUUUGUACGGCAUAAAAAAAAGAAACACCAACCGAGUUAUUGUAUGCAAAAAUAUUAUGUGAUAGAAACAAAUAUAAGUAAUGUAAACUGUAUUUUUAAAACACAUGGUGGAAAGAGUUCUAGACCAUUCUGGAAAUACCAUCGAGGAGCAGUAUUGAUCCGUGUUUCCCACCGACGCUCAGCCCUGAGACUGAAAUGUAAUAUAUUAAAUGGUGCACACAUACAUUUGGUUGAUAUAUAAAUGGCAGCAUCCAUUAAUCUUCACAGCAGGGAAACACUGCUUGCUUUAUAUAUAUAUAUAUAUAUAUAUAUAUAUAUAUAUAUAUAUAUAUAUAUAUAUAUAUAUAUUUACCAUGUUAUAUUUGUCCCUACAGCUGGUGUUAUGUUCCUGUGAUUUACUCUUUGACCAUAAAACAAAAUGCUGACAACA